GUGUGCUGGGAAGAGGGCGCGAGAAGCGCAUGCGCAGCGGCAGGCGGCGGCGCGAGCCGAGCUGGGAGAUGGCGGCGGCGGCGGCCGCGCCGAGAGUGUGAGCACCGCCCGGGAGCCGCCGGCCCGGGCGCAGCGCGACCCCGACCCCGUCCGCCCGCCUGCCCGCCAUGGGCAACGAGGCCAGCCUGGAGGGCGGCGCUGGCGACGGGCCGCUGCCGCCCGGAGGCGCCGGCCCCGGCCCGGGUCCCGGCCCCGGCCCCGGCGCAGGAAAGCCGCCUUCAGCACCGGCCGGCGGCGGACAGCUCCCCGCGGCGGGAGCAGCGCGGUCGACCGCGGUACCACCGGUCCCUGGCCCCGGCCCCGGCCCCGGUCCCGGCCCUGGCCCGGGCAGCACUUCCCGGAGACUGGACCCCAAGGAACCCCUGGGUAGCCAGAGAGCAGCUUCCCCAACUCCGAAGCAGGCUUCUGCUACCACUCCUGGCCAUGAGAGCCCCCGGGAGACAAGAGCACAGGGACCAGCAGGCCAGGAGGCUGAUGGUCCCCGCAGGACGCUGCAGGUAGACAGCAGGACACAGAGAUCAGGGCGGUCCCCCUCAGUGUCACCGGACAGAGGCAGCACCCCCACAUCACCCUACUCCGUCCCUCAGAUCGCCCCCCUUCCCAGCAGCACGCUGUGUCCCAUAUGCAAGACUUCGGACCUCACGUCGACCCCCAGCCAGCCAAACUUCAACACCUGCACCCAGUGUCACAACAAGGUCUGCAACCAGUGUGGGUUCAACCCCAACCCUCAUCUCACCCAGGUGAAGGAGUGGCUCUGUCUGAACUGUCAGAUGCAGAGGGCUCUGGGAAUGGACAUGACCACUGCACCUCGCUCCAAGAGCCAGCAGCAGCUGCACUCCCCAGCCCUGUCUCCUGCCCACUCCCCAGCCAAACAGCCCCUGGGGAAGCCAGACCAAGAGAGAUCUCGGGGCCCAGGAGGACCACAGCCUGGGUCCCGCCAGGCUGAGACAGCCAGGGCCACCUCAGUGCCGGGGCCUGCCCAAGCAGCUGCCCCUCCAGAGGUGGGGAGGGUGUCUCCUCAGCCCCCUCAACCCACCAAGCCUUCCACAGCUGAGCCCAGGCCACCUGCAGGAGAGGCCCCGGCCAAAAGUGCCACCGCAGUGCCCGCUGGGCUUGGUGCCGCUGAGCAGACCCAGGAGGGCCUCACUGGUAAGCUCUUCGGCCUUGGCGCGUCGCUGCUAACCCAGGCGAGUACCCUCAUGUCUGUGCAGCCCGAGGCUGACACCCAGGGCCAGCCUGCCCCCAGCAAGGGGACACCUAAGAUCGUCUUCAAUGAUGCCAGCAAGGAGGCUGGCCCAAAACCCUUGGGCUCAGGGCCUGGGCCUGGGCCAGCACCUGGAGCCAAAACUGAGCCUGGGGCCAGAACGGGUCCUGGAUCUGGACCUGGAGCCCUGCCGAAAACUGGGGGAACAACCAGUCCAAAGCAUGGCAGAGCAGAACAUCAGGCAGUAUCGAAGGCUGCUGCCAAGCCAAAGACCAUGCCGAAGGAAAGGGCCACCUGCCCACUGUGCCAAGCCGAGCUCAACGUGGGCAGCAAGAGCCCAGCCAACUAUAACACAUGCACCACCUGCAGGCUCCAGGUGUGCAACCUGUGUGGCUUCAACCCAACACCCCACCUGGUGGAGAAAACAGAGUGGCUCUGUCUGAACUGCCAAACCAAGCGGCUACUGGAGGGCAGCCUAGGAGAGCCAACCCCUCUGCUGCCGCCCACCUCACAGCAGCCCCCUGUAGGGGCCCCUCACCGUGCAUCUGGAACAUCCCCUCUGAAGCAGAAAGGGCCACAGGGGCUGGGCCAGCCAUCCGGCCCCCUGCCUGCCAAGGCCAGCCCUCUAUCCACCAAGGCCAGCCCCCAGACCAAGCCCCUCAGGGCUUCUGAACCCAGCAAGACCCCAAGCAGUGCCCAGGAAAAGAAGACCAGAGUCCCCACUAAAGCUGAGCCCAUGCCGAAGCCACCUCCAGAGACUACCCCAACCCCUGGGACUCCUAAAGUAAAGAGUGGGGUGAGGAGGGCUGAACCUGCCACCCCUGUCGUCAAGGCUGUUCCAGAAGCCCCCAAGGGUGGGGAGGCGGAGGACCUGGCGGGCAAGCCUUACUCUCAGGAUGCGUCUCGGAGCCCACAGAGCCUCAGUGACACAGGCUAUUCCUCCGACGGCAUCUCUAGCUCCCAGAGUGAGAUCACAGGAGUCGUGCAGCAGGAGGUGGAACAGCUGGACAGUGCAGGGGUGACAGGGCCACAUCCACCCAGCCCCUCCGAGAUCCACAAGGUGGGGAGCAGCAUGCGGCCUUUGCUGCAGGCCCAGGGCCUGGCCCCAAGUGAGCUGAGCAAGCCACUCUCCAGCAGUACUGGCGAAGAGCAGAAGCAGCGGCCCCACUCCUUGUCCAUCACGCCUGAGGCCUUUGACUCUGAUGAGGAGCUGGAGGAUAUCCUGGAGGAAGACGAAGACUCUGCUGAGUGGAGGCGCCGGAGAGAGCAGCAGGACACUGCUGAGUCCUCAGACGACUUUGGCAGCCAAUUGAGGCACGACUAUGUGGAGGACAGCAGUGAGGGUGGCCUGUCCCCUCUUCCACCCCAGACCCCAGCCCGGGCAGCAGAACUGACUGAUGAGGAGUUCAUGCGACGGCAGAUUCUGGAGAUGAGCGCCGAGGAAGACAACCUGGAGGAGGAUGACACUGCCACCUCCGGGCAUGGCCUGGCCAAACAUGGCACCCAGAAGGGUGGCCCCAGACCCAGGCCUGAGCCUAGCCAAGAACCAGCAGCACUGCCCAAGAGGCGCCUGCCCCACAAUGCCACCACGGGCUAUGAGGAGCUGCUCCCUGAGGGAGGCUCAGCAGAGGCUACCGAUGGCAGUGGGACCCUGCAGGGUGGGCUCCGUCGCUUCAAGACUAUUGAGCUCAACAGCACGGGCAGUUAUGGUCAUGAGUUGGACCUGGGCCAAGGUCCAGACCCGAGUCUGGACCGGGAGCCCGAGCUGGAGAUGGAGAGCCUGACGGGCUCCCCUGAGGACCGCUCCCGUGGUGAGCACUCCUCUACAUUGCCUGCCUCCACACCCAGCUACACCUCGGGCACCUCUCCCACCUCUCUGUCCUCCCUAGAGGAGGACAGUGACAGCAGCCCCAGCCGCAGGCAGCGUCUAGAAGAAGCAAAGCAGCAGCGCAAGGCCCGGCACCGCUCCCACGGGCCCCUGCUACCCACCAUUGAGGACUCCUCGGAGGAGGAGGAGCUGCGGGAGGAAGAGGAGCUGCUGCGUGAGCAAGAGAAGAUGCGGGAGGUGGAGCAGCAGCGCAUCCGCAGCACGGCCCGCAAGACCCGGCGGGACAAGGAAGAACUGCGGGCCCAGCGGAGGCGAGAGCGCUCCAAGACACCACCCAGUAACUUGUCACCCAUCGAGGACGCCUCCCCCACGGAGGAGCUGAGGCAGGCGGCCGAGAUGGAGGAGCUACACCGCUCCUCCUGCUCCGAGUACUCACCCUCACCCUCCCUUGACUCUGAGGCUGAGGCCUUGGAUGGUGGCCCUAGCCGGCUUUACAAGUCAGGCAGUGAGUACAACCUGCCCACCUUCAUGUCCCUCUACUCACCAACCGAGACACCCUCUGGCAGCUCCACCACUCCCAGUUCCGGGAGGCCCCUCAAGAGCGCUGAGGAGGCUUAUGAGGAGAUGAUGCGCAAAGCUGAGCUGCUCCAGAGGCAGCAAGGCCAGGCGGCAGGGGCCCGGGGACCCCAUGGCGGCCCCUCUCAGCCCACAGGCCCCCGGAGCCCGGGCUCCUUCGAAUAUCAAGACACUGCAGACCGUGAAUAUGGCCAGGCUGCUCAGCCUGCCGCAGAGGGCACGCCAGCCGGCCUGGGAGCAGCUGUGUACGAAGAAAUCCUUCAGACAUCACAGAGCAUAGUCCGCAUGCGGCAGGCCUCCUCACGAGACCUGGCUUUUGCUGAGGACAAAAAGAAGGAGAAGCAGUUUCUAAAUGCUGAGAGUGCAUACAUGGACCCAAUGAAGCAAAAUGGUGGCCCCCUUACCCCUGGUACCAGUCCCACCCAGCUCGCUGCCCCUGUGUCCUUCUCUACCCCCACCUCCUCAGACAGCAGCGGGGGCCGAGUUAUUCCCGAUGUCCGUGUCACUCAGCAUUUUGCAAAGGAGCCUCAGGACCCCCUCAAGCUGCACAGCUCUCCUGCCUCCCCCAGCUCAGCCUCCAAGGAGAUAGGCAUGCCCUUUUCCCAGGGCCCUGGGACCCCAGCCACCACAGCUGUGGCUCCUUGUCCAGCUGGGCUGCCACGAGGAUAUAUGACUCCAGCCUCCCCAGCAGGCUCCAAGCGCAGUCCUUCACCAUCUUCCACAGCCCACAGCUAUGGACACAGCCCAACCACUGCAAACUAUGGGUCCCAAACUGAGGAUCUACCCCAGGCCCCCAGUGGCCUUGCUGCAGCUGGACGAGCUGCUAGAGAGAAGCCCUUGAGUGCGAGUGACGGUGAGGGUGGCACUCCUCAGCCUUCCCGGGCAUAUUCCUACUUUGCAAGCUCCAGCCCACCUCUCUCCCCGUCUUCCCCCUCAGAGAGUCCCACAUUCUCCCCUGGCAAGAUGGGCCCAAGGGCCACAGCAGAGUUCUCUACACAGACACCAAGUCCAGCCCCUGCCUCAGACAUGCCACGGAGCCCUGGUGCCCCCACUCCAUCACCUAUGGUAGCCCAGGGCACACAAACACCACAUCGACCCAGCACGCCUCGCCUGGUGUGGCAGGAGUCCUCUCAAGAGGCUCCCUUUAUGGUCAUCACGCUGGCAUCAGAUGCCUCCAGCCAGACCAGGAUGGUACAUGCCAGUGCCUCCACCUCCCCGCUCUGCUCACCUACUGAAACCCAGCCCACCACCCACGGCUACAGCCAGACAACACCUCCGAGUGUGUCUCAGCUGCCCCCAGAGCCACCUGGGCCACCUGGCUUUCCACGGGUGCCCAGUGCUGGUGCAGACGGGCCCCUGGCACUAUAUGGCUGGGGUGCCCUCCCUGCUGAGAACAUCUCCCUGUGCCGGAUCUCCUCUGUCCCUGGGACGUCUAGGGUUGAGCCAGGCCCCAGGACCCCUGGCACUGCAGUGGUAGACCUCCGUACAGCUGUCAAGCCCACUCCCAUCAUCCUUACUGACCAGGGCAUGGACCUCACCUCUCUUGCUGUGGAAGCGAGGAAGUAUGGUCUCGCCCUGGAUCCAAUCCCAGGACGGCAGUCGACCACCGUGCAGCCCUUGGUUAUCAACCUUAAUGCCCAGGAGCAGACCCAUACCUUCCUUGCCACUGCCACCACCGUGAGCAUCACCAUGGCCUCGUCUGUGCUCAUGGCUCAACAAAAGCAGCCUGUGGUCUAUGGAGACCCCUACCAGAGCCGCCUUGACUUUGGCCAGGGUGGGGGUAGCCCCGUGUGCCUGGCCCAGGUCAAACAAGUAGAGCAGGCUGUCCAGACAGCCCCAUACCGAAGUGGGCCCCGGGGAAGACCCAGGGAGGCCAAGUUUGCCAGAUAUAACCUGCCCAAUCAAGUAACUCCUCUGGCCAGAAGAGACGUUUUGAUCACUCAGAUGGGCACUGCCCAGAGCGUUGGCCUCAAGCCAGGCCCAGUGCCAGAGCCAGGUGCCGAGCCCCACCGGGCCACCCCUGCAGAGCUGCGGUCACAUGCUCUGCCAGGUGCCAGGAAGCCACACACAGUGGUGGUGCAGAUGGGAGAGGGCACAGCAGGCACUGUGACCACACUGCUCCCAGAGGAGCCUGCGGGUGCCCUGGACCUUACUGGGAUGAGGCCUGAGAGCCAGCUGGCAUGCUGUGACAUGGUCUACAAGCUCCCCUUUGGCAGCAGCUGCACUGGCACCUUCCACCCGGCCCCCAGUGUGCCUGAGAAGAGCAUGGCAGAUGCUGCCCCACUUGGCCAAAGCAGCGGCCCCUUCUAUGGUCCCCGGGACCCUGAGCCUCCUGAGCCCCCCACCUACCGGGCACAGGGGGUGGUGGGGCCUGGGCCCCAUGAGGAGCAGAGGCCCUACCCACAAGGCCUGCCUGGCAGGCUGUACUCCUCCAUGUCUGACACCAAUUUGGCUGAGGCUGGCCUCAACUACCAUGCCCAGAGGAUCGGGCAGCUCUUCCAGGGUCCUGGACGAGACUCAGCUAUGGACCUCAGCUCACUGAAGCACUCCUACAGCCUGGGCUUUGCGGAUGGACGCUACCUAGGGCAGGGCUUGCAGUAUGGCUCAGUCACGGACCUGCGUCAUCCUACAGACCUUUUGGCUCACCCGCUUCCCAUGCGGCGCUAUAGCUCGGUGUCGAACAUCUACUCAGACCACAGGUACGGCCCACGGGGAGAUGCAGUUGGCUUCCAGGAGGCCAGCCUGGCCCAGUACAGUGCCACCACAGCCCGUGAAAUCAGUCGCAUGUGCGCUGCCCUCAACUCCAUGGACCAGUAUGGUGGGCGGCAUGGCAGUGGUGGUGGCCCUGACCUUGUGCAGUACCAGCCCCAGCACGGGCCCGGGCUCAGUGCUCCACAGAGUCUGGCUCCCCUCAGACCUGGACUCCUUGGUAACCCCACCUUUCCAGAGGGCCACCCAAGUCCUGGGAACUUGGCCCAGUAUGGGCCUGCAGCAGGCCAAGGAACAGCAGUCAGACAGCUGCUGCCGUCCACAGCCACCGUACGUGCAGCUGAUGGCAUGAUCUACUCGACUAUCAAUACCCCAAUUGCUGCAACACUGCCCAUCACCACCCAGCCUGCCUCAGUCCUGCGGCCCAUGGUGCGUGGUGGCAUGUACAGGCCUUACGCAUCUGGUGGAAUCACAGCUGUGCCACUGACCAGUCUGACACGUGUGCCCAUGAUUGCCCCCCGGGUACCUCUUGGACCCACAGGGCUGUACCGAUAUCCUGCACCAAGUAGAUUUCCCAUUGCUUCCAGUGUUCCACCUGCAGAAGGGCCUGUCUAUCUGGGGAAACCUGCUGCUGCCAAGGCCCCCGGGGCUGGGGGCCCUUCAAGGCCAGAGAUGCCAGUAGGGGCUGCACGAGAAGAGCCUCUUCCCACAACCACCCCUGCUGCCAUCAAGGAGGCUGCAGGAGCCCCAGCUCCUGCCCCACUAGCCGGCCAGAAGCCACCAGCAGAUGCUGCUCCUGGGGGUGGCAGUGGGGCCCUCAGCCGGCCAGGGUUCGAGAAAGAGGAAGCAUCACAGGAGGAGAGGCAGCGGAAGCAACAAGAGCAGCUGCUCCAGCUAGAGCGGGAGCGGGUGGAGUUGGAGAAGCUGCGACAACUUCGGCUGCAAGAGGAGCUAGAGCGGGAACGUGUGGAGCUGCAGAGGCACCGUGAGGAGGAGCAGCUGCUGGUGCAGCGGGAGUUGCAGGAGCUGCAGACCAUCAAGCACCAUGUGCUGCAGCAGCAGCAAGAGGAACGCCAGGCUCAAUUUGCACUGCAGCGGGAACAGCUAGCGCAGCAGCGUCUGCAGCUGGAGCAGAUCCAGCAGCUCCAGCAGCAGCUGCAGCAGCAGCUAGAGGAGCAGAAGCAGCGGCAGAAGCCUCCGUUUCCUGCAGCCUGUGAGGCACCUGGCCGAGGGCCUCCCCUAGCGGCUGCUGAGUUGGCCCAGAAUGGCCAGUAUUGGCCCCCCCUUACACAUGCAGCCUUCAUUGCCAUGGCAGGGCCUGAAGGACCUGGGCAGCCUCGUGAGCCAGUGCUGCACCGGGGUCUCCCAAGCUCUGCCUCAGACAUGUCACUGCAAACGGAGGAGCAGUGGGAGCCCAGCCGUAGUGGCAUCAAGAAGCGGCACUCCAUGCCACGCCUGCGGGACGCCUGUGAACCAGAGUCUGGGGCUGAGCCCUGUGUGGUCAGGAGGAUUGCCGACAGCAGCGUGCAGACAGACGAUGAGGAUGGGGAGGGCCGCUACCUCUUGAGUCGGCGACGCCGGGCACGGCGGAGUGCUGACUGCAGUGUGCAGACAGACGAUGAAGACAGUGCUGAGUGGGAGCAGCCAGUGCGCCGCCGCAGGUCUCGUCUUCCCCGCCACUCAGACUCAGGCUCUGACAGCAAGCACGAUGCCACUGUCUCGUCAUCCAGUGCUGCUGCCACUGUGAGGGCCAUGAGCAGCGUGGGCAUCCAGACCAUCAGUGACUGCUCCGUGCAGACGGAGCCUGACCAGCUGCCCAGGGUCUCUCCAGCCAUCCACAUCACAGCUGCUACUGACCCCAAGGUGGAGAUCGUCAGGUACAUAUCGGCGCCAGAGAAGACUGGGCGUGGGGAGAGCCUGGCCUGCCAGACGGAGCCAGAUGGGCAGGCCCAGGGUAUAGCCGGGUCACAGCUUGUAGGGCCAACUGCCAUCAGCCCCUACCUGCCUGGCAUCCAGAUCGUCACCCCAGGGCCUCUGGGCAGAUUUGAAAAAAAGAAGCCAGAUCCCCUGGAGAUUGGGUACCAGGCCCACCUGCCUCCGGAGUCUCUCUCACAGCUUGUGAGCCGCCAGCCUCCCAAGUCCCCUCAGGUCCUCUACUCACCAGUCUCACCCCUGUCCCCUCACCGGCUCCUGGACACCUCCUUUGCUUCCAGUGAGAGGCUGAACAAGGCUCACGUGAGUCCCCAGAAGCACUUCACGGCUGACAGCGCUCUCCGCCAGCAGACGCUGCCUCGCCCCAUGAAGACCCUGCAGCGGUCCCUGUCUGACCCUAAGCCCCUCAGCCCCACCGCCGAAGAGUCUGCCAAAGAGAGAUUCUCCCUCUACCAGCACCAGGGGGGACUGGGUAGCCAGGUGUCGGCGUUGCCACCCAACAGCCUGGUCCGCAAGGUGAAGCGGACACUGCCCAGCCCCCCUCCAGAGGAGGCUCACCUUCCCCUGGCUGGCCAGGCCUCCCCACAGCUGUAUGCAGCCAGUCUGCUGCAGCGAGGGCUGACGGGGCCCACCGCUGUCCCUGCUACCAAGGCCAGCCUGCUCCGGGAGCUGGACCGGGACCUGCGGCUGGUGGAGCAUGAGUCCACCAAGCUGCGCAAGAAGCAGGCGGAGCUGGAUGAGGAGGAGAAGGAGAUUGACGCCAAGCUCAAGUACCUGGAGUUGGGUAUCACACAACGCAAAGAGUCUUUGGCCAAAGACCGGGGUGGCCGUGACUACCCACCCUUGCGUGGUCUUGGCGAGCAUCGUGACUACCUGUCGGACAGUGAGCUCAACCAGCUGCGGCUCCAGGGCUGCACCACUCCCGCUGGCCAGUUUGUGGACUUCCCUGCCCCUGCCGCUGCUCCUGCCACCCCCUCUGGUCCCACUGCCUUCCAGCAGCCCCGCUUCCAGCCUCCGGCCCCACAGUAUUCUGCAGGCAGUGGUGGGCCAACUCAGAAUGGAUUCCCAGCCCACCAGGCCCCCACCUACCCUGGCCCUAGCACAUACCCAGCUCCUGCCUUUCCUCCUGGCGCCAGUUACCCAGCUGAGCCUGGCCUGCCAAACCAGCAAGCUUUCCGUCCCACAGGCCACUAUGCAGGCCAAACACCCAUGCCAACCACACAGAGCACCCUUUUUCCAGUCCCCGCUGAUAGCCGUGCCCCACUGCAAAAGCCACGCCAGACAUCGCUAGCGGACUUGGAGCAGAAGGUGCCCACCAACUAUGAGGUGAUCGCCAGCCCCGUUGUGGCCAUGUCUUCAGCCCCAUCUGAAACCAGCUACAGUGGCCCAGCAGUGAGCAGCGGCUAUGAGCAGGGCAAGGUCCCUGAGGUGCCCCGGGCUGGUGACCGUGGCAGUGUGAGCCAGAGCCCAGCCCCCACCUACCCCUCUGACUCACACUAUACCAGUCUGGAGCAGAACGUUCCUCGAAACUACGUAAUGAUCGAUGACAUCAGUGAACUGACCAAGGACAGCACCUCUACUGCUCCUGAUAGCCAGCGGCUGGAGCCCCUGGGGCCAGGCAGCAGUGGGCGUCCAGGGAAGGAGCCUGGAGAAACAGGUGUCCUUGAGGGGCCCACACUGUCCUGCUGCUAUGCCAGAGGAGAGGAGGAAUCUGAGGAGGACUCAUACGACCCCCGCGGGAAGGGUGGCCACCUGCGGAGCAUGGAGAGCAAUGGUCGACCAGCCAGUACCCACUACUAUGGUGACAGUGACUACAGGCAUGGGGCUCGAGUAGAGAAGUAUGGUCCAGGGCCCAUGGGGCCCAAGCAUCCCUCCAAGAGCCUGGCUCCAGCUGCCGUCUCCUCAAAGCGCAGCAAGCACCGGAAGCAGGGCAUGGAGCAAAAGAUAUCCAAGUUCUCGCCUAUUGAAGAGGCCAAGGACGUGGAGUCAGACCUGGCGUCCUACCCCCCACCUGCAGUCAGCAGCAGCCUGGUCUCUCGGGGCAGGAAGUUCCAGGAUGAAAUCACCUAUGGGCUCAAGAAGAAUGUGUAUGAGCAGCAAAGAUACUAUGGGAUGUCCAGCCGGGACGCAGUGGAGGAGGACGACCGCAUUUAUGGCGGGAGCAGCCGGUCCCGGGCACCUUCUGCAUACAGUGGGGAGAAGCUGUCCAGCCACGACUUCAGUGGCCGGGGCAAGGGGUACGAAAGGGAACGGGAGGCUGUGGAGCGACUUCAAAAAGUGGGCCCCAAGCCCUCAUCCCUAAGUAUGGCCCACAGCCGGGCACGACCCCCCAUGCGGAGCCAGGCCUCUGAAGAGGAGAGCCCUGUCAGUCCUUUGGGGAGGCCCCGCCCUGCCGGAGGGCCCCUCCCUCCCGGUGGGGAUACCUGCCCACAGUUCUGCUCCAGCCACUCCAUGCCUGAUGUCCAGGAACAUGUCAAGGACGGACCUCGGGCCCACGCAUAUAAGCGUGAGGAGGGCUACAUCCUGGAUGAUUCCCAUUGCGUGGUUUCCGACAGCGAAGCGUAUCACCUGGGCCAGGAGGAGACGGACUGGUUUGAUAAGCCCCGGGAUGCCCGCUCUGACCGGUUCAGGCACCACGGGGGCCAUGCAGUUUCCUCCUCCUCCCAGAAGCGAGGCCCUGCCAGGCACAGCUACCAUGACUACGAUGAACCCCCUGAGGAGGGCCUGUGGCCUCAUGAUGAGGGUGGCCCAGGCCGCCAUGCCUCAGCCAAGGAACACCGGCACCAUGGUGACCACGGGCGGCACUCAGGCCGCCACACUGGUGAGGAGCCGGGACGGCGUGCUGCCAAACCACAUGCUCGGGACCUGGGUCGCCAUGAGGCCCGGCCCCACUCUCAGCCCAGCUCUGCUCCAGCUAUGCCGAAGAAGGGUCAGCCUGGGUACCCCAGCUCUGCUGAGUACUCACAGCCAUCCCGUGCUCCAUCCACAUACCAUCAUGCCUCUGACAGCAAGAAGGGCUCCCGGCAAGCCCACUCCGGGCCCGCUGCACUGCAGUCAAAGGCAGAACCCCAAGCGCAGCCGCAGCUGCAAGGUCGGCAGGCAGCUCCAGGACCACAGCAGUCACAGUCACCAUCAUCCAGGCAAAUACCCUCUGGGGCAGCAUCGCGCCAGCCACAGACACAGCAGCAGCAACAGCAGCAGCAGCAGCAGCAGCAGCAAGGUCUUGGGCUGCAGCCCCCACAGCAGGCUCUGACGCAGGCUCGGCUGCAGCAACAGAGCCAGCCAACCACCCGGGGCUCAGCCCCUGCUGCCAGCCAGCCUGCAGGGAAGCCUCAGCCAGGCCCCACCACAGCCACAGGUCCUCAACCAGCAGGACCGCCACGGGCAGAACAGACAAAUGGCUCUAAAGGGACAGCCAAAGCACCGCAACAGGGAAGGGCUCCUCAGGCCCAGCCAACACCAGGACCUGGACCUGCAGGUGUGAAGGCUGGAGCCAGGCCUGGAGGAACCCCAGGGGCUCCCGCCGGCCAGCCAGGUGCCGAUGGGGAGAGCAUGUUCUCCAAGAUCCUCCCUGGCGGGGCAGCCGAGCAAGCUGGCAAACUGACGGAAGCUGUCUCUGCUUUUGGCAAAAAAUUUUCCUCAUUCUGGUGACCAUGCCCAGCAUGGCUCUUGAAGAAAUGAAGAGAGGUAUCAUUGCUGUGGAAAAAUCUCUGGAGUCAGAGGCCUGGGCGCAGCUCUGGACUCUGCGUAUAACACAUCUACAAUCUGGCAAACCCUUGGCCCAAAGACUCACCAGGUGGGACGUGGCAGGCAGGCCUCAGUUGAGGACGUGAUGUUUUCUCACAGCAGCUGCCUGGGUGAAGCAUCUGCUGGACAAGUCGGACCAUUGGCCGGGGAACCUUUGAUUGUCUUUCCAGAGAUGCUGCUCUCUGCAGGGCACCACCUUCAAGGCACAGCCCUCGUUGGGAGGGAGGACCCUCUCCAGAAACCCUGCCACCACGGUGUCUUGCCGUACUUCCCACAGCCGCCUUUUUGCGGCCUGGCCGGCCAGGCUUCCCAUGCGUUAUACACAGAGUUUGGGCACACACUGCCCUCCCUCCGAGAUGCCAGAAGUUUUUCCACAGCCUUGGAGAGGGGCUUUGACUGAGGGCUGGGGGCCCUGGGCUCCGUUUCCUUCACAUUCCAGCUGGCCCGGAUCCCUCUGUGGCACAGGGCCCUGCCCCUGUCACGUGCCCUCUGGGUGACAUUGGAGCAGACCUCCAUGUGGCCAGGGGUUGGGAGAACUUUACAGACGUUAGGACCUAACACUGUCUCAUCGCUGAAAUAAGAGGCCAUAGCACCGAAAAGCAGCGUGGGCGCCGGCUGAGGCUUCUCCCAGCCCGUGGGUGGCAGCGUGCUAGCACACUGCCACCAUCUCAAAGCCAUUCCCCUAGACAUCGUGAGCAUCCCAGCGGCACCGCCAUUGUCUCAACCAGCCGGCUCCUCAUUCGUACACCUGGGGAUUUCUUUUGAUUUCAAGAACAGCCUUAAUCAUUCCAGUUUGAUUUACGUGUAUACCUCAUAAACAUUUUUCUUUUGUUUCUCUCUCCCCCUUUCUCUCUUCUCUUGGCUCACUCCCUUGCCUCUCCCCCUCCACCACCACCUUGUGACUGAUGGUUUGGUUUCCUCUCUGCUCUGCCCCUGCUCAGCACAGGGAGAAUGUUGACUUAGAAGCAAUAGGGGGCAGCAGGCCACCAAGAGCACAACCCCACGGCGAGGUCUAGGGAGGCCUCCCAGCCCGCCUCUGUUUACUGUGCAAUUCCAGUCGUUCUUAAGCCAUCACCAGUGGGUGUACUCAGAGCAGAGGGGCCAGGACUUCUGCCAGCCAAGGGAAAGGCCCAGAGCCCUGUGCGGGGGAAUGUGGCAGUCUUCCCAUCUGAUGGACUGGGCAGCAUUCCUCCCCAAGGCCCUUCCCUUGGGGGCCUCCUUUCAUCUGGGGCACAGCCACAAGUCUCAUCUCUAACGUUCUAUGCAAUGAAAUAUAAACCCUCAAUGACAACUGUUAAUAUUUAAUAAAUUCCAUGUUAUGUAUAAGGAGUUAAUUGCAAACAUGCAAUUGAGAAACUGGAUAGAUACACUCAUAAAACCCCCACCCCACCCCUGCUCCCAUUGUGUGUGUGAAAUUCUCAGUCUGUGGCAUGUUUGACCUGUGGCAGGACUCGCUGCUGCCAGGUGAGUCACCGCCUGUCCCGCAGUGGAGCAUGCACAGCUCGCAGCCUCUUUGCACGAUUUCAUCCAUUUUAAAUGCUUGACCCUCUUGCUUGGAGUUCUUUUUGCCUCAGAACCUCUCCUUCAGGAGCACUUCUAGCUGACUUAUGCACAAGCUAGUGAGGACCUGCCAGAAUUGUUUCCUGAGCGUGCCAGGCUGCAGGGCAGGCAGUACAAGGCCCCCACAUACCCUGCAGUUUUCUCUGUCCAGGAUAGCAGGUAAAAAGGAAUCCCCAGAGCAGACGCAAUGGUAGCCCGCACAGGAUAUGUGUGUAUGGACAUUCUGAAGGUUUGCUGUAGGAUUUCUGUCUAUCUGUCAUUUUCCCUUCCUACCCCAACCCUGAGCCAGAGGCAUCUGACAGCCCUUUCCCAGAGGGCACUACGCAAGGGCAGAGCUGGGCGGUAUCCAUGGCCAGAGAGGCAGAGGCAAGAACAGAGCAAGGCUGUGCCCGAGGGACCCCAGAUCUUGACUGCACCUGUUUCAUGCCUCUCUUCUGUGGCUAGGAGGCUCAAAGGACUGUGAGCCAGGAGAUCUGGGCUGGAGGUAGGGGGUCAAUGGAUGCUCAGGAAGAGCUGGGCCUUUGGCACUUGUGGUGAGAACAGUUGACAAUGGUCAUCUGGAACUGUUCAUAUAAACAAUGGCUUCAAGCUAAGUUUCUUGUGAAGUUUCUCAAUAGCAUAUCUUACAGAAGGUCCUGUGUGACCCUCUCUGCAUCUGUCCCCAGGACCUAUGCUCCCUGCCCACCCCCUUCUCCAAAGCCCAAGCAUCCCGCUGCUCAUCAGCUUUUUUACCACUGAGCCAGGAGUGCGGCAGGCAGUAGCUGCCUGACCCUUCAAGGCCUGACUUUCAUCCAGAGUGCUCUGGUUUGCACCGUGCAUUUCUCAGGGGUCCGCAGUUCUCAUGCUUUUCUAUAAGGUCUACACACCCCUUCAGAGAGGGCUCCUCGCUCACCUCUGGUAGCUAUGGAUGGGACAGGAGGCUGCCAACCUUUGUGUUGGACUUAACACCCUUGCCUUUCUGGGACUUGGCCUCACCCCAGUCAUGGAAUACCUGCCUCAUCCCAGAGAUCAGGUAUGGGCUGAAUGCAGCCAUCUGAGCAAGGGCUGAGGGAAGCCAUCAUCUAACACCUCUGGCCACCCAGGACCAGGUCUGUGUGAGGAUGUGCCUUGGAGACCAAGACAAUAGUCCUUUCCGCUACAGGCCAAGGGAUGGGACAAGAAGCAGGGAAUAGGCAGGGAAAUGUUAGGAGGUCAGCCUCCAGUAGGCCCAGUCUCAGGCUCUAAAGUACUGACUUUUCAGCAAAUUUCCUUUCUGGCCAAGCCCUCUGAGUUUGAAAUUCUGACAUCUGCCACUCCUCAUCCCCCACUGUACCCACAGGAUACAUCAUCGCCCCUCUGUGAAGGUGGCUGGAGCAGGCCUCUGGUCCAUGGACUGUCCUUCCUGGCCCUUGCAUGGAUGCAGUUGUGACUCUGGGGACAAUGCAGCCAGAAGCUGAGGGACCAGCAUUUGGUGCCUUGGGAAGUAGAGAGCAACAGACACAUCUCCAAAUGGGCAAGGAGUCUCCAGCAUGCAGCCCAGGCCUUCUCCAUACCCGUCUCCCCAGCAUCAUGAGCAAGGGCAUUGCCUCCUCUCUCUGCCCUCUUCAGGGCCCAGUGCACUCACUUCACAGUGACAGCCCUCCCCCUACCAUCAUCCUCUUAGUCCUUGGGCAGAGCAUGUGGUCUCAGGGCCCACAGUGAAAGAACAGCAGUGGUGGCAACUAUGCCUUGUCUUCUGGAGCCUGUAGGGAGUUUUCCAGGCAGGUCCUUUGCCAGGACAGUAUGGUCCUGCCCUGUUGUCCCAUCCCCUCUCCUCUUACCCACCCCCAUGCUGUAAAUACUUGUCAUCAUGGACUCCAACAGGGUUAGAGGGACAGGCCUAAUCAACUGAAACUCCUCGGAGAUGCCAUCUCUGUCUCCCUGGGUGCCAGCAGCCCUGCUGCCAUGUGCACUGGGGUGGCACUGGAGAGCCAUGGCAGUCGUGAGAUAUUGUAUGUGUAUGCACAUGAUCGUGUGUGUGUGCGUGUGUGUGUGUGUGUGUGUGUUUCUGCCUCAUUCAGUUUCUGGGGUCAAAUCAGCUCCUUCUCUCCAAGUGCACUACCCUGGAGAGUGGCGGCCACUCAAUACCUUUUCCUCUAGCUUUCAUGUCUUGUUUUUGCUUUCCCCUUCCUCCUCCCUCUCUCCCUUUCUUUCCUUCUCUCCUUCUUUAUUUGAGGGGGGAAGAGUGCUGUACAAAGUCAAACAAACAAGUUUACAGUUGUAAGUGCAAUGACCCGAGUCCUCUACAUGACCUUGUGAAUUGUGUGCUGUCCUUCUGUGCUCUGUGAGAACUCGUGGUACUUCAGUGUCCCUCCCCCUGUAUUGUGACAAGGUAAUUCUGUGGUAUCAGAAUAAAAGGACUUGAUAUAAACAA